AUGGUACCUGUUUGUCAAUUAGCCAUUCAGGUGCCUAAUAUUGAAUUAGUAGUGUUUUUCGAUGAAGUAAAUACUUCUUCAUGUCUGGGCUUAAUUAAAGAAAUGUUCAUCGACAAGACAUUGCAUGGUGUUAAUUUACCAGAAAAUAUCUUUUUUACAGCUGCCAUAAAUCCAUCAAGAAAAACUGAACUUACUGAUGAUGAUUUUUAUCGCGUUGACUAUUUGGUUCAUGAAUUGCCACAAUCAUUACAAAAUUUAGUGGUGCAAUAUGGUAUAUUAGAAUCAUCAACAAUGAGGGAUUAUAUUCAACAAAAAAUUGCUAAAUUUGAAAUAUCAGUACAGAAAGAUGGGCAAGUAAUAUCAUUAACACAGUCUGAACAAGGAAUAUUGACAAAAGCCAUACUCGAUGCACAAGAAUUCUGUGAAACCAAUCUGGCUUCCAACACAGUGUCACAACGCGAGAUUCAACGAUGUUUUAAUCUUAUUGAAUAUUUCUGGUCGUCAAAUUGGGAUAAUACUAAGCAUAUUGAUCGGACACAGUAUGCAUUGAAAUGUAUUGCGUUAUCCAUUGCAUUAAUCUAUUAUUUUCGUUUACCAACGGGAAAUGACAAUGAAGAAUCCAAAGAUAAGAAAAGAUCUUCACGUAAAGACUUAGCUAAGAAACUUUCUGCUGCGACUAUACCAAACUUUGCUAAUAUCGUUGAGACUGAAUUAAAAAAGUUUGUCAACGAUGAAAAUUUUGUGAUACCAAAAGGUGUGGCCAUUAAUCAAGCAAUUCGUGAACAUGUUUUUGCAAUUGUUGUUAGUAUAGCUACACGAACACCAGUCUGCAUCAUUGGUGCACCCGGUCAAUCGAAAACCUUAUCAUUUCAAAUUGUUCUUCAAAACCUUCAAGGUCCACAAUUGUCAGAAAAAAACUUUUGUAAAAGUUUACCAGCAAUUGAUCCAUUUUUUUGUCUCGGAUCAAAGCAUACAAGUUCAAAAGAUAUAUCCUAUGCAUUCGAUCGAGCAAUAAAACGUGAACAACAAUACGAGGAAAAUCGAAUGGCAACACGAUGUGUUGUAUUUUUGGACGAAGCAUCGUUGCCAAAUGAAAAGAGAAUGGUAUUAAAAGUAUUGCAUCAAUAUUUAGACGAAUGCAAAGUUGCUUUCGUAGCCAUUGCUAACAGUCCAUUUGAUGCUGCAAAUGCAAAUCGAAUGACAUGCAUUUAUCGUUCAUUACCAUCAAAAGAGGAUCAGGAAAUUUUAGCUCACGGUUGCCUUGGUCUUAACAAAAAUGAUCAAACGUCUGAAGAUCUUAAAAAUAUAAUAACUGGUCUUUGUGAAGGUUACCGAAAUUUGCUCAGUUAUAAUGAUUUUCAAAAGAUAUUUCAUGAUCGAGAUUUUAUCUACAUGUUGCGAGAACUAGGUUUUGAAUCUUCAUUGACUUCAACAGAGUCUGAUUCUAAUAAGAUUCAUAUUACACCGACGAAUCUUUUAACCGUCCUUGAAGAUAAUUUUAAUGGAAUAACAUUCGACCAGUUUAAAAAACUGACUAAGAUUUUCUUUGAUGCAAUAGAAGAGAUAUGUCUUACAUUUGAACAACCAACUGAUGAUCGAGGGUCAAAUUUAUAUCGUGAUGUAACAACUAUUUUGAGCGAGUCAAUGCAGCUCACUUCAGUACGUCGUCGUUCAUACGGUCGCUAUAAGUUGGUUAUUGACGAAUCUGAGGAUGAAAGCGCUGUUCGGUUUUUGUUUCAAACAAAAAUUCUUGAUCCAAAUCGAACAACAGUUUUUCGCUUAUCGGAUUUUCCCAGUGAUGUUAAUAAUGAAUUGAAAAACGUCGAAAUUCUAUCAACAAUUAAAUUAUGUAUGGAGACUGGCAAUAGAAACAGCGCCGAUUAUGGAACAAUUAGUGGAAUGACUGAUGUUCUAAGUUUGGUAAGUGUUUGUGAUAAUUCAACAUGA